AUGGGUCACUUCAGUUGGGUCUCUUUCAGACAGUGCAAGUACAAUGGUUGUCACUUUGUGCCGGCUCCGGAAGCAGCGCUGCACGAGCUCACCUGCCAUAGCCGAUCGCUGUAUAUGGAGUGUAAGGAUAAAAUGCGAUUCCCACCGAUACCGGUAGAUACGAGGAACUGGAGACACUUGGCCGGACAAAAUGGGCAGGUGAAGGACGGGCACACGGAAACGUUGCAGCAUCCACAGCCAGAAGUCGAAGAACCCGAUUUGAUUGCUUUUGACUGA